AAAUCGUAAUUAUAACCUAAACACGUUCACUAGGUUUCAUAUAAAACUUUCACAUAUUUUUCUGUUGUGUUUCCUUAACUACCUUCAAAAUGUCCGAAAGAAAAGUUUUAAAUAAAUACUACCCCCCCGAUUUCGAUCCUUCGAAAAUACCUCGCAUGAAAUUGCCAAAAAAUAGGCAGUACACUGUGAGAUUGAUGGCACCCUUUAAUAUGCGUUGCAAAACGUGCGGCGAAUACAUAUACAAGGGUAAGAAGUUCAAUGCGCGCAAAGAAGACGUCGAAAACGAAGAUUACCUAGGGAUCCGAAUUUAUAGGUUUUACAUUAAGUGCACGAGGUGUCUGCAGGAAAUAUCUUUUAAAACUGAUCCGAAAAAUACGGAUUACGAAAUUGAAGCCGGCGCAACACGGAAUUUUAUGGCGUUAAAGUUAGCCGAGGAGCAGGCACAGAGAGAGGAGGAAGAAGAGAAGGAGGAGGAACAAAACAAUCCCAUGAAAUUACUAGAGAAUAGAACGAAACAAUCCAAAAAUGAAAUAGAAUUGUUGGAAUCCUUAGAGGAACUGAAGGAUUUAAAUCGGAGGCAACGCUCUGUCGAUUACGAUAGCAUGCUACUUGCGUAUGAUACGAAGUUAACAGCACGAGAGAGAGAGGAAAGGAUGCAGCAGCUGGAUGAAGAAUAUAUCAAAACUGUGAAAUUUCAUUCGAGUCAGAAAAGGAAAGUAAUUGUAGAGGAAGAAAUAGUAGAAGACAAGGUCGAAGAAAAGAAGAUUAAAGUAGAACCAGAUUGUGCUGGUGAAACAAGUGUCACCGUUACUGAAGCUAAAAGCAGUGAGUUAAAGGAACCAGUUAAAAAAUCUGUGCCAGUGGGAAAUACAUGGAAUAAAAGUAUUGGUUCUCUUUCAAAAAAUAAAAAGUUGACUGGUUUGGUAAAGAUUAAUAAACCAUCUAGUAAUACAGAAGAAUUAAAAACUAAUAACAUCCCAUCAUCAAGUCUGUCUUUAUUGGGCAAUUAUUCAGGGAGUGAUAAUAGUGAUAAUGACUAAGUUUUGGGAAUAGUUUAUUUUUUAAGUACUAACUAGUGGUCUAUGAAAUGUAAUGAAAGUGUUAAAUAUUUUUAAAAUGUGAUUAAAACAUUGACCAUU